GUGUGUGGCCAUGACUGCGCAGUAUGCGGGAAUGGCCAGGUAACCUGUUAUACCUGGGGACAUAGUGACACGUGGGAAAUUAUAGGCGAACAGUAUCGUGUAAAAACAUUGUAUAUAUUGCAAAUUAAAUACUCAUUUUUGCUGUGAAUAAUAAAUAAAUGGCCAUGGAGUUCCCCGCCCUGAAGAACGACCGGCUGCUGCGCGCGGCCAGAGGCGAAGCGGUGGACCGCGUGCCCGUGUGGGUCAUGCGCCAGGCGGGCCGGUACCUGCCUGAGUUCCGGGAGCUGCGCCAGAAGCACGACUUCUUCACCAUCUGCCGGACGCCGGAGCUGGCCGCGGAGAUCACGCUGCAGCCGGUGCGCAGGUUCGACCUGGACGCGGCCAUCAUCUUCUCGGACAUCCUGGUGGUCCCGCAGGCCCUGGGCAUGGUCGUGGAGAUGCGGGCGGGCGUGGGCCCCAUGCUGCCCGCCCCCCUGGUGGAGCCCGGGGACCUGGGCCGGCUGGUGACGCCCGUGGACGUGCGUGCGCAGCUGGGCUACGUGGCCCGGGCCAUCACCCUGGUGCGGCACCGGCUGGAGGGCCGGGUGCCCCUCGUGGGCUUCUCGGGGGCCCCGUGGACGCUGAUGGCCUACAUGGUGGAGGGCGGGGGCUCCAAGACGCAGUCCAGGGCCAAGGCGUGGCUGUACCGCCACCCGGAGGCCAGCGCGCGUCUCCUGGGACUGCUCACGGACGUGGUGGUGGACUACCUGGUGAUGCAGGCGGAGGCCGGCGCCCAGCUGCUGCAGGUGUUCGAGUCCAACGCGGAGUACCUGGGCCCGGACACCUUCCGGGAGUUCGCGCUGCCGUGCAUCCGGCAGGUGUCGGAGCGCGUGCGCGCGGGGCUGGCACAGCGCGGGCUCCCCCCCGUGCCCAUGACCAUCUUCGCGAAGGGCGCGCACUACGCGCUGCAGGAGCUGGCGGGCAGCGGCUACGAGGUGGUGGGGCUGGACUGGACGGUGGACCCCGGCGUGGCCCGGGCCGCGGUGGGCCCCGGGGUCACGCUGCAGGGGAACCUGGACCCCUGCGCGCUGUACGCGCCCGUGGAGAGCGUGCGGGAGCGGGGGGCCGCCCUGGUGCGCAGCUUCGGCCGGCAGCGCUACAUCGCCAACCUGGGCCACGGCAUGUACCCCGACAUGGACCCCGCCAGCGUGCAGGCGCUGGUCGAGGGCGUGCACGGCGCCUGAACAAACUGUGCGUCAGAGUACACAGUUGCUGUUUAAUUCAGAAAUAUGUUAUAUUUCUAAUUCAACUCCUGAUGUAAUUUGUUUUUAAUUAUUAUAUUUAUGAUUAAAGUUUUAUUCUUGUUUCUUUUAUCUUAACUCCGAUUAUAAUGAUGAUGAAAAGGAAUGCUGUAAUAGCAUUAUAUUUAUUACAAAAAAUAAAGUAAAUGUUAGAAUUUAUUGGUACCAUCUUGUUUCAGAGCUUGUUUAUUCAACGUAUAUUUUUCUAUACAUGUAUUUGUUAAUUUUUUGUAACUUUUAGAACAUAAGUUUGUCAAAAUUGUUCAAAUGCAACAUAAUAUGAACCAAAAUCUGUUUAUUAUUAUGAUUUAAUUCAGUAAAAGAAAUAGCUAUGUAAAUUAUUAAUUACAGAAAUUUCAUUAAUGGAAAAACCCUGUGGCCAUAAGCAUUUUCGCUUUUGUAUUUGCACAAUGAAUGCUGAGAAUAUGAGAAUGAUAGGCUGUUAAGUUUUGGGGUUCUCUGGAACUGAUGAAAAUAAUGUUUCAAAAUAUUAAUACAAAUGCUCCGUUGCUAGCCUAUAGAUUGAGUCUGUAAUCUCUGGACUACUGAGUUCAUGUCUAUAGCACGCAAAAUUGCAUUGAGGAAUUAGUGACUAAGCAAACUUUAUACAAAUGAUGGCAGCACACAGAAGAAUUACCCUUUUUUAUCGCAUAAUCGCCGCACGCGCAUAAUUGUGCACCUAUAUUUUAGGUCGUCAAAAUUUGGAUAAAAAAAAUUCUCGCGUAAACGUUGCAUGAUGUUUUUGGUCCCGCUAUUAUAUUCAGAGUGUUUUGUGUAGGUAUUUUUCCGUGUAAAAUGAUGUAUUUUAAAGUAGAAAUCUAAUAUUUAUUCGGACAUUACCACUUACUUAUUUAAUUAACGGAAAUACAAAGUUGUCUGACGUGUAAAUUUUGUUUUACAGAAUUUUUAAAACUUUAUAAUCUUAAUCUGUACAUCUGCGUCGCCGCGGUAGCCAGUGCUAGUUGGCAUCAUUCAUGUUUGGUUAUGUUGCUGUCCGUAUAGAGCGCGCACACGUAGUCGAAUAUCAAUAUCUCGCUGAUUGCAUGCAACGCGCGCUGUCAAGUGCAGAGUUAACUGCAUAUGAUGGCCCGCACUCUUUCGUGUUAAGUGUGUACUACGGCGAUAGUUAUCGUUCCGACUCACGUUUGCAUCACAGUUUUGGUUUUUCUAUUUAAAGUUGAAGAAAGUUUUUUGUUGCAUGACUUAUUAUUAAUUGAAAUUGUUGGGCGUGCUUCUUUAUACUCCACUUUUAAAUAAACGUACUUUCCAUGAAUGGGUUUUGUUUAUAUGAUUAACUUUCUGUAACAAAAAAAAAAAUUUUCCCGCAUAAACGUGCUACCCCUACUUUUAAAACUUGUUUUUUUGUAUAAAAUGUGCGAUGAUUAUGUGAGAAAACACGGUAUCGUCAGAUAGCUCGAAACUGGAAUAGUGGUAUUGAAUUUACCAAUUACUGCUGCUAGGUACGGAGAGGCAGGAACAUAAUGGCAUCACCUCAGGGACCAUCGGUGAAGAAGCAUGGAAUUAGGGAUGGGUCGGUACCAGUUCUCGGUUCUCGGUUCCUACGGUUCUCAGCAUUUUAACCGGCACCGAGAACCGCAGCUAAAAUGUCUGUGCCGGUACCGGUACCGGCAGUAUAGCAAAACCCUUUACGAAAAUAGUCCACUACAACUUAACUGCAGCUCAACUCACGUUCAAUUCACAUAUGAAUUAUUUUUUUGGACUUCUAUGGAAUAAUAUUCAUCUCUAACUAUAAAAUAAAUAACACGUGAAAAUAUUUAAUGUUCUCGCCCCAUCUGUAAACAAAGUACGUUAUACAAUCAAAACAUAACAGUUGAAGGUGCCAUAGAUGUAUGUAGUUCAUAGAUGUGUGUAACUCUAUAACGUGCCUCGGCAGAAAUGUGAGAACAGAAAGACGCCAUGUUUGUUUCAAUUUGUUUUUAAAAAUAGGUAGUUAAUUGAGUCGUUGACACGUAAGUAAGGGUGACUGGUGUAUAAAGAACAAUUCAAAGUGCAAAAUUCCACAGAAUAUUUGUUUAAUAGAAUUAAUGAUUGAUUUAUAAUUUUCGGUAAUAGUUUUCGGCAAUCUAAAAUUUUAUGAUUUUUGUGCAGUGCUUUGGACUGUAAGUUCACUGCAUCUGCAGCCAUCUAGCGUGAUGGCUAGUAACUUUCUCUUUUAGGUAAACGGGAUUGCUUUGAAGGGGGAAGUUUUUUUUUUUUUUUUUUUUAAUUAAAGUGGUGUAUGGAUGUGUAGAUGUAUUUUACUAUUGGCUGGUCAAACAAAAUGCUUGUUGACAAUUCUAAAGUAUAAUUAUUCUGGCCAAAUAGAGCAAAUUGUGUAAGAAAUGGCAUCAGAAGUGUGGCAGUAAUUUACUGUUGACUGUGCAAACAAACUGAAUUCAAUGUAGGCAAUAAAUUUGAUGGACAAUUUAAUAUUUUAAUUCUUUGAAAGUUCACCAACAUUGUAUUUUCCAUUAUUGUAAAAUUUUUUUUAUUCCUAUGUUUUAAAGGAGGGUGUAUGUAGAUUUAUUGAGGUAAUUACUAGAUUGAUAUAGUAAAUUUUAGUUUUAUUAAGUGUUCUCCAUAUUAUUUCGAAUUUAUUCUUUAUUAAUACAUAUUACAUUUUUAAUAGGUUGGUGUGUUUACUGUAGCUUGAAACAGUGCUUUUUUUGUAGCAAAAACAAUAAAUAGUUUAUUACUUAAAACACCAUAAAUAAUGUGUGAAUAAUAUUUAUUUUAUUGUUUAAGUCAGAACCGAGAACCGAUUUUUAAGAACCAGUACUUAACCGAGAACCGGGAAAAAACAGGAAUUGACCCAUCACUAUAUGGAAUGUAAUGUUACGAACAAAUAUUUCCUGAUGUGCACUUGCAAAAGUUAAAGUCGGUGUAAUAAGAUUUUAUACAUUUAACACUUAAAGCAAGGAUUUAAAAUCACACAAAUGACUCACAAGUAAACAUGUGAGCACUGUACAGUACAAUACUACUUUGACACUUUUUAAUAGACUAAUUAUGUAUUAAUGCUUUUUAAUAGAGUGGAUUCGGAUCAAAUGCAAAAUUAUUGAAAGUUAUUAUUAUUAUUACACUGGUAAAUUUGUAAACAGGGCUGUUUGUAAAUCAGAUUGGUUGUGUUUUUGUGCCAGUAGUGUUUGGUAAUGUAAUGUAUGAUCCAAGAGUUGCUGUCGGGGUUUGUUUCCCGGGACCUUGACUGCUUGUGUUGUCCCACCUCCGGCGCCAGAGGGCAGCGGUGAUCCAUCGCAGGUUCAAACCUCGAGUUCCUCCACCACGGUGUUUCCUGGUGUCCCCUCUCUGACAUUCUGUUCCCGAUUGGCACGGCUUACUGUCUGUUUUAUUACUUGCAAAAAUAAAAACCUAUUCAACAACAUAGCCCUAAGAUUGUGACCAGAACUGUUUUUCGCACAGAUAAUUACAUAUAGACAAUAGCUGGCAAAAUUAAUAGAAAUAAUAUUGAAGCUCUUUUUGUAAGUCCAGAUAGAAACAUUACAGAUAAUGUUGUGUGUGAACUAGGUCAGCUUCAUUUACAUAUUUCUUUAACUUAGAUGUAGGUUUAUAUUAAUACAAAUUUUGGUGUGUAGGUUACUAACAAGUAUAUUGAAAUAUGGUACAAUCCUUUCAGACAUUUAUAAAGAGAGAAAAUAGAAAUGCUGUUGGCACAGUUGGAUGUGGGCAAAGCAAAUGUAAUAAACUGGUAACAGUGGACAAGUAAAUCAUAUUUGUGGUGUUUCUGUAACCUGAAAAUUUCUUAACUAAUUUUUAGUCAGUGAUUUAGAAUCCAAGAACUGUUGUUCAGUAUUCUGAUUUUGGUUGGCUGUGCCGCCUCAUUCCAUUUUCACAAGUGUACCUGAACUUAGAUAUCAUGCAGCCCUACUCUGCAGGUUUUCACUGCUAAAAUGUCGGAGUACAAUUAAAACUAUGCAUUAGCUUUAGCAACAAACUUCUAUGAGACUGCUUACUGACGUUGCUUGUACAUAAUUGUGUGUUAAUCACAGUGACAAUUCCUCUCAUUGUGAGAUUAUUUAUCAGAGAGAUGUAUUUUUUAAAAUAUUUUUUGGUAAACAUUGUUUAUUUUUUAUCAACUGUGCAUUGAUUUGUAUACAGCAGUUGUCAAUUCUACAGUGUCGUAAAGUUUGUAUUAAUAUUUCUUCUCAUUUGUUAUUUGUAUUGUUAAAAUUUUGCCAAAUUAUAUAUUUACUUUCAAAAUUC